CACUGACGCAUGCGCUCCGCCGCCAAAUGGAACAGGUUCAUGGGUACAGGAAGUCCAAAAUGGCGAUGGACGGAAUGAUGUCCACGUCUUCGGGUCUGUCUUACCAUAAUGUCGGGGAGUUUUACCCCAGAAAGUUCGGCUCAAAGCCGGACGUGGUGCCGUCCGGGGUGACCGAGAGGAAAGUGGGGCCGCUGGAUAAACCUGACAUGGUGUCGGUAGAUGUCAUUAACAUCAAUGAUUCAGAUGUCCACAUGCACAGGAAGAAGCAUGAGCACGACACGUACGUCUUGGGCACCAUUCAUCCAUUCAGGAAGACGCACAGAUCCGUCUUUGGAAAACUUGUGCAAGAAUUCAGACUUGUUGCCUCAGACAGACGGUCGUGGAGGAUCCUACUGUUCGGGGCUCUCAACCUGCUGUGUACCGGCUGUCUGCUGAUGUGGUGCAGCUCCACCAACAGCAUGGCCUUAACUGCCUACACAUACCUCACCAUCUUCGACCUCUUUAGUUUGAUCACCUGUCUCAUCAGUUCCUGGGUGACCAUGAAGAAACCCAGCCAGGUCUACUCAUUUGGGUUUGAAAGACUGGAGGUUUUGGCAGUUUUUGCCUCCACUGUUCUUAUCCAACUGGGAGCCUUGUUCAUCCUGAAGGAGAGUGUUGAGCGCUUCAUGGAGCAGCCUGAGGUCCAUACCGGCCGUCUGUUGGUCGGGACGUUCGUCGCUCUGUUCUUCAACCUGUUGACUCUGCUGUCUGUCAGGAACAAGCCGUUCGCCUAUGUCUCAGAAGCGGCCAGCAGCAGUUGGCUUCAGGAACAUGUGGCAGAUCUGAGUCGAAGUUUGUGUGGCAUCAUUCCAGGUCUCAGCAGUGUGCUGCUGCCUCGUAUGAACCCGUUUGUCCUGAUCAACGUGGCGGGAGCUCUUUCCCUCUGCAUCACCUACAUGCUCAUAGAAAUCAAUAACUAUAAUGCGGUGGACACGGCGUCGGCGGUCGCCAUCGCUCUCAUGACGUUUGGCACCAUGUAUCCCAUGAGCGUCUACAGCGGCAAAGUGCUCCUGCAGACGACGCCGUCCCACGUCAUUGGCCAACUGGACAAACUGCUCAGAGAGGUGUCGACUCUGGACGGAGUGCUAGAGGUUCGCAACGAGCACUUCUGGACCGUGGGCUUCGGAUCUCUGGCUGGCUCUGCCCACGUUCGUAUCCGCCGUGAUGCCAACGAGCAGCUGGUUCUGGCUCACGUCACCAACCGGCUGCUGCCACUCGUCUCCACUCUGACCGUCCAGAUCUUUAAAGAUGACUGGACCAGACCACUCCUCACCGGGACCGUCUCCUCCUCCUCCUCUGGUCCUCCUCUGGGUCCUGCUGAAGGCUACGCCGCCCUCUCCUCCUCCUCUCUGCCUCCUCUGCUGUUGUCCUCAGGAGGAGAGCUGGACCCGCUGACCUCCACGCCCUCCAAACCCAGCAGUCCUCCUCCAGAGUUCUCCUUCGACACACCGGGGAGGAAUGUGCAGCCGGUGGUCCUCCCCGCACCGGGGCACCACACCCACAGGCCCUACGGAGGCCUGGGACUCGCCUACGGAGCGUCUCCCUACACAGGGAUGCUGAGUCAGGGCCUGGCGCGGCCCGGCGGCGGGCUGGGACCCGGUGUGCAGGGUCUGGGGGCGGGGUAUGGACUGGGUCUGAGCGGGAGCGGCGUGCCUUCCUCUCAGAGCUACAGGACUGCCUUCGGAGGGUCGACGGCGCCGCUCCGGUUUGGAACCAGCAACCCUCUGGCUCCACAGUCGCAGUACAGACCAUACUGACCCUGACUGUGCCGAGCUAGAACUCUUCUUCUGUACCUUUCAAAUACUUGGAUUCAUGAUGAAGGUCAAGUUUCUCCACACCUCAGUUCAGAUAUUUGAAACUCGGAUGAGAUUUAUUUCCUGUCCAGGCUGGACGGCAGACGCUACAACAUUUAGUCCCAGAGUGACAACAAGAUGAUAACUUCAGAGAACCAAGCUGAUUCUUCCUCUGAAGUUUUGGUGUCGAAUCUUGUAGCGUGAGCCUCUCCUGACUUCAGGAGAGAGACGGUGAGUGUGUUGUGGUAUUUAUUUUGUUGACAAGGUGGACCAAGAGUUUGACUGGUUGGAUUUGGUAUGUUUGAAUCAUUUUGGGUUUUUUUUAUCAGGACCUUUAUGAAACGACCUCACUGUGGGACUGACCGUAAGAGAGCAGCGUGUCCAUACUUAUUCUAGCUUUUUGGGGGUUUUUGUAACAGGAAAGACUGCGAGGAAACGUUUUUGGGCAACAUCGUCAAACAACAUUCCUGGUGAGAGGAAAUUAAGUCUUGAAUUAAAUUAAAUCCCAGCUUUACAUUUUCUAUUUCAGGCAUUUAAAGGACACUAGAAUCCAAAGAGAUUCACAGUAGAACCUCGAUCACAAACAAUCAGUAGUCAGGAGGUCAAAGGUCAGAGGUGACAACACACUGAUGAUAUUCUAGUGUCCUACGAAUACUGAUAUAAGACAAAGAAAGAUUUAAUAAAAAGCUGAUGAGAAAAGAAUUGCUCGAACGUAAGAGAUUGGACCAAAUGGAGGGAGGAGAUUUAGAAAACGAAAUUUAUUGUGAUUUAAAAAUUCCAGUUUAAUCUUUUUGUAUCAGUUGAAAAGCAUUGCGACAUCUGCCUUAAAGUGUCCUGAGUGUUUUUACGGCCACACGACCUGGAUUCAAACAUGAAAUACGGAGUUUAAAACCAAAACAACAUGAUUGUUUUCAUUUGUAAGUAAAUGUAUCAGUUGUGGUCCAGAAGCCACUUUAAGUUUCACGCCAGCCUCGUUUUCUAAAACUUUUUUUUUUUUUUUUUUCACUUGACUGAAAUGUAAGUUUGUCAAUAUAAACGUUCAGUUUCUCCAUUUUGGCUGCAGAACUGCUGCUGAGGAAAAACAAACACAAUAAAACACUGAGCAACCUUGAACAACACGUGAGGUUUGAAUGAGUAUCUCUCUUAGAAAACUCACAUUAAGUUAUAGCACGUUUAGGGCUUGAACUUACUAUUAUUUAUAUAAUUCACAGAUUAUUUUUUGAUUAAACGAUUAAUCAUUUGGUCUAUGUAUAUACAGACUAUAUGUAAGAAAAUGGUCCACCACAAUUUCCUAAACCUGAAGUUGACGUCUUCAUUUUCUUGGUUGACCGACCAACAGUCCAAAACACAAGAUUUUCAAUUUGCUAUCAUAAAAGAAGAAGAAAUGGCAAAUCUUCACAUCUGGAACCAGUACUUUUUUUUUUUUUUUUUACAUUUUUGCUUGAAAAAUUAUUUAAGCGAUUCAUUGAUUAUCACAAUUGUUGCAGAUACAUUUUCUGUCAAGCGACUGACUAAUCGUUGCACCUCCACGUUAGUGUCUUGCUGACAGUCUACACACUGAAUCUGUUCUUGAAAACAAAUAUUAACACGUUGGGCAACACAUCAUUUUCUCAUCUACAGCCUGGCCCGUCCUCUUUUUGUUUUGUGUGAUUCCUCCAUACAUAUUCAUCUCCUCGAGUUGGAGCACAGUGAAUCUGUUUUAUCAGGACACGAUGAAACGUGUGAGGGGAACGUCCUGAGAGAAAACAUUAAAAAGGUUAUGAUUUUCCUGAAGAGGACCAUUCCAUGUACUCUACUGGGAGUGAGCGUUUGACUGGGAUGUUGAUGGGUUGAUGAGUGAUAAGGUUUUCUUUUUAUUUCUGGUUUUAAUCUGAACUCGGGCUGAGUGUCACAAAACAGUAAUUCCUUUUUAUUCAUUCCUCACAGCUCACCGGUUUCUGGUGCCUUUCUCAGAUGUAGGGGAUCAAAAAGCCCUUAAACACGUAAAAAUGUUGAAUUGUUACAUCAGAGCUGAGAAAUCAAACGUAUGUAGAAUUAACACUAUAACACAGAAGAGACAGAAAUGUUCCUUCAGAGCCGCUGUUGUAGAAUAAAGAACAGUAUUGUUACCAAACUUUCGAUCAGACACUCAGCCCUAAUGAGACGUAUUCCAUGUAUGUUUAUUUCAAAAGAACAACUGGGACUCUGUUAUUAAAAACAGGUAAUGAAAGUUGA